AUGAGUGCGAAGGAUAUUAUGCGAAGUGACGAAGAGGGCUUUCUACGGCUGAUAGCCGAUUGUAAUCCUCUGUUGUACUGCAACUUGGAGUCGAAGGUAGUGUGCGAAGCGGUAAUCCCGACGGGGUCUCGGGACAGGCUGAUCGGGCUCGAGGGGUGGGCGUUGGAUGUGAUCCGCAACAAGUGGCAGCACAUGGUGCCGCCACAGGUUCUGCGGGAAGCUGGAGGGAGCAACGCGACAGUUGAGAGUUUAGUGAAUGCUGCCGAACGAUACCCCGCCUCGAUUUUGUGCCCUUCAUUAAUUUAUGACAACUUGCUGACAGGCUCUCUACCGAUGGAUUCUCUCCCUGUCAGUACGGAAUCUCUGCAAACUCUAAAAGCUCGCCAACAGUCGGAGUCGCCGAUGGAGUUUAACAGUCGAUCAUUGGACGUGGAAAUUAUGAGGCGGCUGCCACUCUCUGGAAAAAGCCUUACGAACAGCACGUUCGCUCAGUUAUCUGAAUCUAUUCGGUCAUCGCUAAAUAGUCAGCUGGCGAACCCCGCCACGCCGUUCAGUGGUGAGCGCGUGUCCUUGAGUCGGUACGCGUUCGACCGUUUGCUGUACGAGACUAUAUGUGAACAUUGUCGAGGACUCGCGGAGGAGGCUACAGACCCAGCUCUGCCGGACCCAGCUCUGCCGGACCCAGCUCUGCCGGACCCAGCUCUGCCGGACCCAGCUCUGCCGGACGGUCUGGUGCCGUUGGUAUACCUGCGGUGGGCGUAUGACGCGAUGGUGGGCGGGUGGUUGGCAAGUCGUCUGUCACGGGUGUGCCAUGGAGAGGUCGUGGCAGCUUGUCCGGCAUUAGGUAAUGGAGCCGCGGAGUCGCAGCUUCUGGCAGCGGAACGGAAGCGGUCGGCGUACGCGUUGGCGAAGACCAUGGCUCGUGACUAUGGGCGUGCGGUACGUUCGAAGCAGAAGGGGCCUAGGUUACCGUGCUACUCGAAGUACCUGCACGGGACGUUGAACCAGCGACUGGUCUCGCUCGCCGAGUGGGGACAGGAACCGGAGCCGGUGAAGUACGUCUCGGACUCCCUCAUUGAUCAGACACUGGCCGCGUACGGUGCGGCGCUGAGUAAGGUGCUGGAUAGGCCGUACGUGUGUCAAGAGUACACGGUUGACCAGCUCGUGGAGAUGGUCAACACGCACGUGGAAACCACCCGACGCCUCGGCCACCCCAGCCUCUCAGACAACCAGCGACAGGCGUUGGCACACAUACUUACCACUCUCAUCGCCCAACCAGACUGCAAACUCGCGAUCACCACCAGACUGAAUGCAGGACCUGGACUCUUUCCCGUCCGCCUCAACCUCCAACCGUGCCUCGUGCCCUCCCUUCGGGUCCAAGACUUUGCAACCAUCCCCAGCCGCCGCGACACCCCCAACCACAGCAAUGCCACACUGCGGGCCUUGUAG